AUGCUGGAGUUAGAGCUGUUGAUAGCUUUGCUCGAGAAGCUUUACAGAGAGUCUCAUUCUGAGGGUGAUGUAAUACUGUUGAUGUAUAAUUGUUUAACACAAACAUCCAAUAUUCUUCGAUAUAACCAUUAUCCCAAUCACACAUUGAACUUGACGGCUAUUUAUAACAAAUACAAAACAGAGGAUUUGAAAUUACGUGUUUACACGCAAGAAGGACAUAAAAGUGGUGUAGUUUUCAAUAAAUCAUCAAUUUUGACUAUCAUGAGAAAUCCUACUCCACCGAUUUCCAAUCAUUUCCAACUUUUGGCUAAUCAAUUACGUGACAUACGACACCAAUAUGAUGAUACCGUAAUUAUAGACAAUUUGAGUGAGUUGUUCCGACAAUUUCACGCUAUUUCUGAAGAUUGUGAGACCCAUUUGAUAGAAUUCUUGAACAAGAUCUUCAACAAUGAACUUAGACAACUUUCAAAUAUACCAGUACAACUUGAAGAGUCUCAGAUUCUACUCAACGACGAAGAAAUCAAUCGUUUGGCUUCAUUGGUAGAUUUGUCCACUGUUAAUGAACAAUCCACAUUCACCAGUUUUCAAGGGUUCCAGAAUAUUCAAGGGUUUAAAAGUAAUGAUAAGAAUUUUACCAACUUGUUUUAUUUCUUCCUACAAAUCCUUGGUGCUAGAAUAGGUGCUUCACCAGUGAAUUAUGAUUUCACCGAUAUCUUGAAGCAAAUGUUACACCUUUAUAAGUCUCAUUGUAUGGUUAGUUGGAUUGAAAUUGAUGACGAUAAACUCCAUAAAAUGAAGUUUGAUACGUUGGUUGAGUUCUUCCUAAAUCCUUAUAAUGUCAGCUCAGAGAAGAAACAAGAAUUGACAAUUUGUACUAAUUUGGUACAGAACUUCAAAUUCUUUUCCGACCCCACUGACGUAGAAUUUCAACUCCUGCUUCCUUCACUGCCAGAGAUGAAACACAUCAAUACCUCGGUGACUUCUGAAGUGAUAUUACUUGAAGAUGACAGAAUGGAACUCAUCAAUAACGUCAAUAACUUGAUUCCCCAAUUAUCAGGAUUCACUUUUGACUUCGACUCGAGAUUUCAGAAAAACCUUGAUACUUUCAUCCAACUUCUCAACCUUAACGACGAAUUGGUGGUGUCAAAUGAUUUGGAUUAUUUGAACGAUAUGAUAAUUCUCAUCAACAAGCUUGUGGAUUAUGACAAUGAAGACACUAAUGUCAAUGGAGAGGAAAUCUAUCAAACAGCUUAUCACUUAUAUCAAUUACAUAAGCUACUUUCUUCAGAAUUUGACGAACCAGAUGCCACUGAUUUAAUGAAAUUUGUGGUAUUCAGAUCUAAAUUACAAGCAUCAAAGAUGAAACGAAUCCUUAAAUCUUGGAACUUGGAGGUACUCACCCUUAGUCAAUUGGAGCACAACCAAAAGAAUUGGAGUAAGUAUUCAGAUACUUUGAAGAAACAUUCUGUCAUGAAGAUUUGGAUGAACUCACUUGGAAAACAACAUCAUUUGAUCAGAGCUUCCGAUAAUUAUUACAAUAAGAAACUCCAACUCGCAAUCUUACUCCGUUGGUUACCCAAAUUGAAACAAGUUGAGCAUUUGCAUACCAAAGAGACCGAGUUCAUCACAAAAAAGACAUUUAGCAAAUGGUUAAGUCUUCACAGACAAAAUAAGGAGAGGGAACAAAGGGCUUUGGAUUAUAACAAAAAAGCCACACAAAGUUCAUUCUUAAGCUCUUGGAAAUCUAAAGAUUCGAGUUUCAAAGACCUCCAACAAAUAUCCAUUGAGUUUGAUGGCCAAAGGCAACUCAAUAUUGAUAAUAUAGUGCUCAAAUACGUCUUCGACCAGUGGACGGCCCCUGUGAUUGAAUCUGGACUUUCAGACAAACUUAAGAUUUUGCAUCACCAGGAGAAGCUUGUUAUCCUUUCGAAGUACUUUGAAGUACUCAAACAAAAGUAUCUUCAUGGAUUGAGAAUAAACCAAAUCAUCAAAAGUUCCAAUGUUACACUUGUCAAGUUUUUCUUUCAAAAGUGGAAACAUCUCCACCAGCUUAAAAUGCUAGCUAAAGCGUUUGACAGCCAAAGGCAAUUGAUAAUCAAGAGGAACUUAUUGUUGAAUUGGCAAAGAGCCACUGACCUCAAUAGUAUAGUUGAAGACUUCCAGAGAAGGAAAAUAGUACCUCAAUUUUUCAAGAAUUGGAAAUUGAAGCUUCGACUCAAGUUGAAACUCACAGACUUGAACUCCUUGGAUCGCUCAGCUUUAGUGAACAUCCAAACUUCGGUGUUUUUCAAGAAAUGGCAACAUGAACGAAUGGCCAAGGACUUAGUCCGUCACUUUGACACCAACCUCAAGCGAGAUUUCUUUAUAAAAUGGGUGAACAAGAUACUGAAACUCCAAGAAAUGCAGGCAUUAUCCUUGGAGUUGAACGAUGAUAACAAUCAGAGAUAUCAUUUGAAACUCUGGCUUCAUAAUCUCCAAUACCAGAAAGAUCUCCCGGGAGUUGCUGAUUCCUUCUAUGGGAGGAAAUUUUUCAGUAAGAUCGAAACCAAAUUCAAACGCAAUGAACAUUUGGAGUUGUUAAGUUCUAAUUACAUGAAAGACCAUCCAAUCCGAUCGAGACUAACAUUAGCUGAUGAGAUUAAUGUCCAUAGUGUGUUGAAACAAUGGAAACUUCAGAAAGAGAAGAAAUUCCAGGAAUCAGCAGAAUGGAAAUUGAUAUUUUUCAACGAAAAAAUCGUCAAACCAAACAUGCAACGUCUGAUGAUUACUCUUUGGGUACAAAAGUAUAAUCUUCACAAAUCCAUCGACAAUGAAUUGUCCUUGAAGUGUGAUAGGUUUUUAGCUCAAUCGAAUCUUACAAAAUUUUUCUUUUCAAAAUGGAAGAAAAAACUACAAAGAGUAAAAGAACUCGAACAUCAAUCCGGAGCUUUUGAACAAGCUUUAUUGUACAAGAAGUUCACUGUUAUCUGGUACGAUAGAUUUGUCGCUACUCAACAUCUUGAAGAAAUAGCCCAACAACUCCAGGACCAAAAAGAGUGGGACAAACAGAAUCAAAUUCUCAAUGAUUGGUCUAUGAAGUAUUUCAAAAUCACCAGAAAUCACCAAAGUUGUGAUAUGUUCAUUAAAAGAUGGGAUUCUUCAAAGAUGAAAUCUCUCUUUGAGCUUUGGCACUAUAAGCUCCAAGAACAUCGGUCAAAUCAAACUUUUGAUGCUGGAAACCAAACAGAAAAUAUCUUCUUGGAUGAUCUGUUUGAUUCUCCCUUAGAUUCGAGAAAACGUUCACCAACGUAUUUGAGUUCUCCUGUCAAGGAGCCUAACACUCCUUCAACCAAUAUCAGUCCUUCGAGAAUUCAAACCAGUAUUCGAUUGAAAAACCAGAAGAUUCAAGCAUUGAAGAAUCAUUACGGUAAAGCCAGAGACUCCGUCAGUAGACCAGUAUUAAAACCGGUGAAGACGGAACGGUUCAGAUUAAGUCCUCCUGAAAGACCUAAUUUUUCAUCUACACCUGCUAAGGACAGUCCUAGUCCUCCACCCAGAGAAUUCAGUUCAAGUCCAAGAAUCACACAAGACCCAGGGACUAGUAACAGGUCAGAAAUUAAAUUAAGACGAAAGUCCAGCUCACCAUUGAAAUUUGAGGAUCCAAGCAAUAUUUCUGUGGAAACAAAACCACACGAUUCAAAACCUUUCAUUCUGGUUGAUCAGUCAUCCGAUAUCCUCCCUGAAUCUUUCUCAGACUCCAUUUUUCAUUUAAAGUCCUUAAGGAACUUAUCUAUGGAUGACUUAGAGUCACCACCACCUCCCCCACCAAUCAGAAGCAGUAAAUAUGUACCAUUAUCUCCUUUGAUUACUAGUACGUCCUUGGAUGACAUUGAGACAGCUAAAAGAUUAAGGAAAAUAAAGCCAAUCAUUAUUCCUGAAUCUGAUGAUGAUCUCAUCGUCUCCCCCGUCAAUACCAUCAAGAGGAAGAGUGUAAAUUAUCAAUUGUAG